AGUUUGCAAAAGCCAGAGGUGCAAGAAGCAGCCACUGCAGCAGCAGCAGCAGCAGCAGUAGCAGCAGCAGCAGCAGCAGCGGCCAACAACAGCAACAGCAGCAGCAGCAGCAGCAGCAGCAGCAGCAAAAGCGUCAGCAGGAACAGCAUCAGCAGCAACAAAAAAUCCUCAUCAAAUCCUCACCUAGGCUUUCAGUGUAUCCAGAUCCACAUCUUCACGCAAGCCGGGAGAGGGAAAGAGGAAAGGGGGGGGAGGAAAAAAAAAACCCAACAACUUAGCGGAAACUUCUCAGAGAAUGCUCCAAAACUCAGCAGUGCUUCUGGUGCUGGUGAUCAGUGCUUCUGCAACCCAUGAGGCGGAGCAGAAUGAUUCUGUGAGCCCCAGGAAAUCCCGGGUGGCAGCUCAGAACUCAGCUGAAGUGGUUCGCUGCCUCAACAGUGCUCUGCAGGUUGGCUGCGGGGCUUUUGCCUGCCUGGAGAACUCCACCUGUGAUACAGAUGGGAUGUACGACAUCUGUAAAUCCUUCUUGUACAGCGCUGCUAAAUUUGACACUCAGGGAAAAGCAUUUGUCAAAGAGAGCUUAAAGUGCAUCGCCAAUGGGGUCACCUCCAAGGUCUUCCUCGCCAUUCGGAGAUGCUCCACUUUCCAGAGGAUGAUUGCUGAGGUGCAAGAGGAGUGCUACAGCAAGCUGAAUGUGUGCAGCGUCGCCAAGCGGAACCCCGAAGCCAUCACCGAGGUGGUCCAGCUCCCCAAUCACUUCUCCAACAGAUACUAUAACAGACUUGUCCGAAGCCUCCUGGAAUGUGAUGAAGACACAGUCAGCACCAUCAGAGACAGCCUGAUGGAGAAAAUUGGGCCCAACAUGGCCAGCCUCUUUCACAUCCUGCAGACAGAUCACUGUGCCCAAACAUACCCGCGAGCUGACUUCAACAGGAGGCGCACGAGCGAGCCGCAGAAGCUGAAAGUCCUCCUCAGGAACCUCCGAGGUGAGGUGGCCUCUCCCUCCCACAUCAAACGCACCUCACAAGAGAGUGCAUAAGCGGGGAGAGGUGUUCCCAACCUCGCCCAACUAGUAUCAUUUUAAAGGUGUUCGCGCACCAACUUUGAGUGUACUGUGCCUGGUUUGAUUUUUUUUUUUUUAAGUAGUUCCUAUUUUCUAUUCCCCUGACAGAAAACUGCAUGAAACUAGGCUUCUGUAAUCAAUAUCCCAACAUUCUGCGAUGGCAGCGUUCCCACAGACAGAAUACGUGUGAUCUUUCUGCCUCUCGGCAGGAGAGAGUACCCUUUUGAUCACUUCCCUCUACCAUGUCUUCUCCCGGGUCCCCUCAAACUACUCUCAAACACAGAGCAUUCGCGUAAGGCCCAGUCCUUGUAAUUGGAAGAUGUGGAGGCCUUUUAGGAUGGUUGCCCCAGUAGAGUUAGCUGAUGAGAAGCAACUUAACUUAAAUGCAUGUCUUAAACGCUCAUAAAGAUGUUAAAUGGAAUUCGUGUGAUGAAUCUGUGCUGGCCAUGGACGAAUAUGAAUGUCGUGUUUGAAUUCUUGAUCUCUCAUGAGCUAGUAUCUUAUGGUCUUGAUCCUCUAGUGUGUAAUUUCCUUUCCGACACAUUUACCAAAUUGCUCAAGCCUGGCUCUUCAACCAGAGUUUGAGCCCGCAUCUUCUUGCAUCUAAUGAAAAACAAAAAGCUAACAUCUUUAUGUACUGUAACUGCUCAGAGCUUUAAAAGUACCUUUAACAAUUGUCUUAAAACCAGAGAAUCUUAAGGUCGAACUGUGGAAUAUAAAUAGCUGAAAACUAAUGUACUGUACAUAAAUUCCAGAGGACUCUGCUUAAACAAAGCAGUAUAUAAUAACUUUAUUGCAUAUAGAUUUAGUUUUGUAACUUAGCUUUAUUUUUCUUUUCCUGGGAAUGGAAUAACUAUCUCACUUCCAGAUAUCCACAUAAAUGCUCCUUGUGGCCUUUUUUAUAACUUAAGGGGGUAGAAGUAGUUUUACUCAACAUCAAAACUUAAGAUGGGCCUGUACGAGAUAGGAAAACCCAACAGGUUUAUCUGAAGGACCCCAGGUAAAAUGUUAAUCUCCCAGCCCACCUCAACCCAGAGGCUACUCUUGACUUAGAUCUCUCCUGAAACGGCUCUGUCACAUCCAACUGGGAAUUACGGGAACCAAAAAGAGCAUCCCUUUGGGCUUGGACCACUUACAGCGUCAUAAGGCCUACUCUAUCUUGGGAAGUGGCAAUUCUUGUCUCACCGCCUCUCAUCCGUGCCUGAUAGCUCUGGCAAACUGAUGACGGCGUGGGAGACUUUCCAUUAAAUCGAUCAGGAACGAGUCAAUCAGCCUUUGGGUCUUCAGUUCCGGGGACUUGGGGCUGAGGGGGUAUAAAUAACCCUGGGCUGUCCAGCCUUAAUAGACUCCUCUUACAUUUUUGUCCUGUAGCACGCUGCCUGCCAAAGUAGUCCUGGCAGCUGGGCCAUCUCUGUAGGAUCGCAAAAAAAAUAAAAAUAAAAAAAUAAAAAA